GUAUUAAUUAAGCAUUUCAUUCCAGUUUUUUUUUUUUAGCUUGCAUUUAUUUAUUCCUCUAUUUUUUUUUUUUUUUUUUUCCCUUCUCCACAUUUAUUUCCCGAGAAAUUUAUUCAUUCCCUCAUUUAUUUCUCAUCAUUUAAUUCAUUCUUUUUCCCUCUUGCCCUCUGUUUUUUUUUUUUUAACGUUUUCCCAGUGUCAUAAUUUCUUCUGACAUUUCGUAAUCUCCUCAGUGUUCCUUUCCUUUUGGCCAAGUUAAUAUACAGUACGGCGCACAGUACACGUGUAUAAUUUCCCUUACACAAACGUGUAUAUACAUACGCACGUACAUUUCCAUACCAGAGAAGAUAUCCCUUGCUGUUAACUUCAUACACGAAAAUGAGAGAAAUCGUUCACAUCCAAGCCGGUCAGUGUGGUAAUCAGAUAGGAGCAAAAUUUUGGGAAGUCAUAUCCGACGAGCACGGCAUAGAUCCAAGUGGUACCUACAGAGGAGACAGUGACUUACAGUUAGAAAGAGUUGAUGUGUUUUACAAUGAAGCAACCGGUGGCAGGUACGUGCCCAGGGCCAUUUUAAUGGAUCUGGAACCAGGAACUAUGGACAGUGUUCGAGCUGGACCUUUCGGUCAGUUAUUCAGACCUGACAAUUUUGUAUUUGGACAAACAGGAGCUGGAAACAAUUGGGCCAAGGGACAUUACACAGAAGGUGCCGAAUUAAUAGAUGCAGUUUUAGAUGUAGUUCGAAAGGAAGCAGAAGGAUGUGAUUGUCUACAAGGAUUUCAAAUUACUCAUUCUUUAGGUGGAGGUACAGGUAGUGGUAUGGGAACUUUGCUGAUUAGUAAAAUUAGGGAAGAAUAUCCAGACCGUAUUAUGGAAACCUUUUCAGUAUUCCCUUCGCCAAAAGUAUCAGACACAGUUGUUGAGCCAUACAAUGCAACCCUCUCUGUGCACCAAUUGGUUGAAAAUGCUGAUGAAGUACAAGUUAUAGAUAAUGAGGCUUUGUACGAUAUUUGUUUUAGAACAUUGAAACUUACUACUCCAACUUAUGGUGACUUAAAUCACUUAGUUUCUGCUGCCAUGUCAGGAGUUACAUGUUCGUUAAGAUUUCCUGGUCAGUUAAAUUCUGAUUUGAGAAAAUUGGCUGUGAAUUUAAUUCCCUUCCCACGUCUCCACUUCUUUAUGAUUGGUUUUGCACCACUAACAAGCAGAGGCAGUCAGCAAUACAGGGCUCUAACAGUACCAGAAUUAACGCAACAAAUGUUCGAUGCGAAGAAUAUGAUGUGUGCAAGUGACCCAAGACAUGGAAGAUACUUAACCGCCUGUGCCAUGUUUAGAGGACGAAUGUCAACUAAGGAGGUAGACGAGCAGAUGCUCAGCGUGCAGAACAAGAACUCCUCCUACUUCGUCGAAUGGAUUCCCCACAACACUAAGUCCAGCGUUUGUGACAUUCCACCCAAGGGAUUGAAAAUGGCAGUCACCUUCGUAGGAAACUCCACAGCCAUCCAGGAAAUGUUCAAGAGAGUGUCAGAUCAGUUUACGGCUAUGUUCAGAAGAAAGGCAUUUUUGCACUGGUACACGGGAGAAGGCAUGGACGAAAUGGAAUUCACAGAAGCAGAGUCCAACAUGAACGAUUUGGUUUCCGAGUAUCAGCAAUACCAAGAUGCAACAGCUGAAGAGGAAGGAGAAUUUGAGGAAGAAGAAGGAGACGUCGAAGCUUAG